AUGCCUGAAAAGACCCACGGCCAAAGCAGCAGCAAACGGACCUUCUCAAGUAUAUUUCCAGAGAGCGUGAAACAUUCGGUUUGCUUCUUUUGCGAGGAAUCAGCUAACGUGGGUGAUCUAAGAAUGGCGUGCACAAUGGAUAUCGACUCCCGCGUCCGAUCUGUUGUUCGCAAAUUAAGUGAUUUCCGUCUCAUAUUUAAGCUGAAUACCACUGACAUGGUAGCUAUUGGAGCAAAAUAUCUCACGAGGUGCCUUAAGCCGCGCUGUACAAUCCAUUACCAGAAAUCGGCGACAUUUUGCGUCCGCGAAGUAUUAGGCACGCGGUUUCAAAUUAUCAAGAUGGCGGCAUAAACAAAGCAGUACGUAGAAAAAACAAGGCCUAAAGUGACACACUAUCAAAGGAUCUGAAUCAAUUUCAUUUCGUUUUUGAGGUAGUCAAUACAAGGAAGAAUGAAAAAGGGGAAAUUAGAGUCCGGGCGCCUGUUCGAAUGAUGAUUUUAGAGAGAAUAAACAACUUCGUUGCAUGCGUGACUUGCCAGAGUAAAAAUAAUUUUCAAAAAUCAAGGCCCACAGUACACUUAGCCAGCGAUAUUCUGUUGUAAAAAGCCAGACUCUCAGCCAAAGAUGGUGAUCAAAACAAACUGGAGACAGAAACCUUACUUUUCAGAAGGAAUAAUAAGCGAAGUGGUGCUUUUUGUACCGCUUUUAUCGCAGAAAUGGAUGUAUUUUUCCCUCUUUUAUCGCAAAUUUUGCGGCCAUUUGGGAAAUGGAUCAAGGCUGAUUUUUAUCACGUUUUAAAGUUUGAACAUCGAUCGAUGAUUAGAGAGGUCGGCACCUCGGAUUCACAUCAACGAAAUGUUCUAAAAUGUGGAGAGAAGGUAGGCACCUCUAAGCUUUUUUGAAAGAAUUAGAGAGCUCAAGGAACCGUAACGGCCGUUCGUAAAAUGUGUUGUUUGCGGCCCGUUGGCGAAAUUUCGAGAGACCAAAACUACCGUAAAUAAUGAUAUGGUACGUACACUUUAAAUUUAGAGGUCGGCAAAUAUCGUGUGUGCUACUUUAGAUCUGAAAUUUGCACUUCUUCAAUUUUCUCCAUACAUUUCUCUAUAACGAUCGGCGGCCAUUCUUAGAGAGCGGAAGGUCUGGGCCGAGUCUGGGCGUCCGCCGUUUUGUCUUAAAUUUCUGGUAAUGCGCGCCCGAGAACAUGACAAAGAAAGUUCAUCAGAAUUAAACAGCCAAUCAGAGGCCCACAGUAUGGUGCUGGCUGAUCUCAUAGCUGAGAUACAAAAUUCUAGACAUGGACAGCCACAUAUUACCGUUUUCAAGCUGUCGGAUUUGAGAAAAGAGUAUUGCAAGAGGCUAAUUAGAGAAGGUCUAGCGGAGGAGACUCAAGAGAUACAUUCCACGCGUCUAAAGGAGAAGCUUAUAGAAGCUAUCCCUGGAUUUAAAACUGCUCAUAGUAAAGGAAGAGAGCUAGGUGUUGUUAGCUUUUACAGAAGAUAUAUAGGAACGAUUGUAUCCGACGCUUUCUCUAACGACAAUGAUGCCAAUGAGAUGUGUUUACAACGUGCAGCUAGCAUAUUACGAGAAGAAAUGUUCACUGAAUCAUACGUAGUCAAUGGAUCGUUUUCUCAGAACUGCCAAAGGGGAUCAAUACCCCAGACUUUGCUAUCGUUGGUAAACAUGAUCCUUGAAGGGCCAAAAGCUAAAUACCAGUCAACUAUAAAGCCAGGUCAGGCUGCAUUAUCAUUACCUCCACUUCUUAAAUUCAAUGGCGUGAAGCACACCCGUAAUUAUAAAUUAAGACAGAAGAAUGUACUCGGUAUGUCAAAAGUCAAGAGACUCCAUUACCAGUGUACAUUGGUGUGGUGCUCCAUUUAAAAACGCUUAAGAGGGAUCUUAUAGACAGGUUACAUUCACUUGGCUUGUCAAUUUCGUACGAUGAAAUGCUACGCUUGUCAUCAGAUGUGGCAAAUGCAGUUUGUGAACACUUCAAGGAGACGGAUACGGUAUGCCCUCCCAACCUGAAAACAAACGUAUUCACUACAGCCGCAGUUGAUAAUAUCGACCACAACACGUCGUCGACAACGGCAGUAAGUUAA